AUGAAGCAAACCACAUCCCGUUUCGAGGCAAGACCUGCAAGGCUUUUGACGCUUGAUAUGCGUAUAAUAAAAAGGAUUCUCGACCAUCUACCAACUCCGGAUUUCAUUUGCGUCCUUCUCACCUGCAAAUUCUUCUUCUUCAAGGUCGGAAGCAAGCAACUUGGUCGACUUAUUCCGCCCCAAAAGCGAGAAAUGCUUUGCCCUAAUUGGAAACUCGAGCAAAGCCCCAGAAUGCAGCUGCUUCGUCAGCUCGAGAAUACACGUUGGAGAUACUGUAGUGAAUGCUGGAAUCUUCACGCACGUUCUGAAUGGUGUAUCCCACUGGCACAGUCUCGGAUACCAUUCAAAAAGUCCCAAAAAGGAUCUGGCCAUCUGUCGCUUGGUGCUCAAGUCAGAAGUUGCAUGCCCUUUCCUGGAGAGGUCGAUAUCUGCCCGUGUCUUACUAUUACCUUCCCGGACAAAAUCCGCCUGAUUGAAAAAAUCAAGCUAGCUCGAGACCUCGAUCCCAGUAAGACACAAUAUUGUUACAACAAGGCACUCUACCAUCCAGUAUCUGGCAGAAGGCGGAAUCCAGUUGGUCAUGCGUGUGUUGUUCGCGAUCAUCCACUGAUCAAGCUGGAAAUUUACACAUACCUAGCAGUGGACGAAAACACACAGGAGCUCUAUGUGUCUAAUUGUUAUGCCUUUGAGAAACGAGAACUCGGCAGUGAAGGACAGAAUGCUGUUAUAUUCCCACAAAAUAACAAACAGGUUGGGAAAUGGCUAAAUGGCUUUUUUGCGGAGGCUGGCUCGAGCUUUUCUGUUCGCAAACAUGGCCCACAGCACUUUGAUAUUGUGAAGCCUAUGGAGGACCCACGAUGCUUCGCGAUUCGAUCUGUCCGUAAUUUUGGAAAAGCGCAAUGGCCUGACCGAGAAUGGAAGAAAAAUUGUCGUUAG